AGAAUCAUGUCUCUUAUGAGAAGCAUCCUGGAUACUCUGACAUUUUUACUUUUAUUUCCAUAUUACUGCUUGGAGGCUUUUGUCCUGAAGUUCAUCGGUACGGUACCCAAAAAAAAGGUGGCUGGGCAAAUAGUGCUUGUCACUGGGUCAGCAAAUGGGAUCGGAAGACAGAUUGCAUUGAAUUUUGCCCGACUUGGUGCUGUUCUCGUUCUCUGGGACAUUGACGAAGAAGGAAAUGAAAAAACAACUGAACUCGUCCGGGCAAAUGGAGCACAAGCUGUUCAUACCUACAAGUGUGACCUACGCAAAAAAGAAGAAAUCUAUGCAGUGGCAGAUCAGGUCAAAAAAGAAGUGGGAGAUGUAAAUAUUCUAGUCAACAAUGCAGGUAUAUUGAAUAAAAAGAGUUUUCUUGAUCUUUCUGACUCUGAAAUAGAAGAAACCCUCAAAGUCAACACAAAGGCACAUUUCUGGACUUGCAAAGCCUUUCUGCCAGCCAUGAUUACCCACAACCGGGGACAUUUGGUUACUAUUGCAAGUGUUGCAGCAUUCUUUGGAAGCAAUGGUACCACAGACUAUUCUGCCAGUAAAUAUGCAGCAUUUGGAUUUUUGGAAGCUCUCACUCUUGAAUUGAGGAAGGAAGGGAAGAAUGGCAUUAAAACCACCAUUGUGUGUCCUAGUUAUGUGAAUACAAGAUUAAUUGCUGGUGUAAAAAUAAAACCUACAUUUCUACUUCCUAUCCUCGAUGUAGCUUCUGUAGGCAGGAAGAUUGUGGAUGCCGUCCUGAAAGAGAAACUUUAUGUGGUUCUGCCACCACAAGCGCGUCUCCGAAAUCUUAAAAUAUUUCUUCCUAAGAAAGCAGUUUUCCUUCUGGCAGACUAUCUUGGAUUCUAAUUUUGAUGACUUCGGAAGGUGCAUUAGAACAAA